AGAGGGGCGGGGCCGAAGGAGCCGUUUUGCGUGGAAGAACCUGUGAGAAGCUUCGUUUGCUGAGCGUCCUGUGGGGAGAAAGUAACUCUUCACCAGUAUUUUAUUUUAGGAAUCUGGAAACUGUUCCCCAGGAAGAAACCCAUUGGUUUGGAGCUGGAGGAUUCCUUUGCAUCAGAUACUGAAAUGAAAGAACCACUGUUAGAUGGUGAAUGUGACAAGGCAAUGUCACCACAACUGGGGCAAUUAAAUGAAAUUAAGACAGAACCGGACAAUGCUCAAGAUUAUUGUCAAGCCCAACAACCCAGAAAUCAGGAGAAUGAACUGAAAAUAAACACAUUUUCAGACAGUGCUUCACAGUUGAAUACAGGCAUUCAGCUUUCUCUGGCGUCAUCUGGCACGAAUAAAAUACUUCCUUCAGUUUCAACUACAGCUAUUCAGGUUUCCUGUGCUGGUUGUAAAAAAAUCCUCCAGAAAGGACAAACUGCUUAUCAGAGGAAAGGGUCUACUCAGCUUUUCUGCUCCACACCAUGCAUCACUGAGUACAUUUCAUCUGCCAAUGUACCAGCUCCUACCAAGACAACUUGCUCCAACUGCUCAAAAGACAUUAUAAAUCUGAAGGAUGUGAUCAAUAUCCAACUGGAAGAUAAGACCUCUAGCAAAAAUUUUUGUAGCCAAUCUUGUCUUUCAUCAUAUGGAAAAAGAAAACCAUUUGUUACCAUAUGUACUAAUAGCGUUUUGACCAAGUGCAGCAUAUGUCAGAAGACAGCUACUAUUCAGUAUGAAGUAAAAUACCAGAAUGUGAAAUACAGUCUUUGCAAUAAUGCCUGCUUUUCAAAGUUUCACUCUGCGAACAACUUCAUCAUGAGCUGUUGUGAGAAUUGUGGAGCUUACUGUUAUACCAGCUCUAGUCUGUUUCAAAUACUUCAAAAGGAUGGACAGUCUAACUACUUUAAUAGUUCAAAGACUAUUACACCACAUGAGAAGAAACCAACCAAAACACUUACGUCUUUUCCUUACAAAUCAUUGAAACCAUCAGAUGAAAUGAUUGAGAUUACUAAUGACUUGGGGAAGACAGAGAUUUUCUGCUCUAUAAAUUGUUUUUCUGCAUACAAUAAAGCUAAGAUGGACUCUUCUACAGUAAAUGUUUCCACAACGCACAGUGCUUCAACGGAGCACCUUUCUCCAAAGAAAGAUUUAAUUCCAGUUAUAAGCAAUAUAAUGUCAUUAGCAGAUAAUCAUGCUGCCCUGCCCAUUGUGAACACAGACAUCUUACAAGGUACAGUUUCUUCAAUAACAGAAAAUGUCAUUAUGGAUAUUUCAAAGAGUUCACCCAGGGAAUCAAGUAGUAGUGUUGCUAAUGGUAUGGAACAGCCAAACCUUUUGCCAUCAUCAUCAGUACUCAGUCAGCAGACAGCUUGUUCCAGCAUAGAAGCACAAAAAGAUGAAGUGUUAGACCAGGAUCCUGCAUACAGUAUGAAAUCAAGUAAUGGACUCUGUCAUCCUCCAAAAUUUACUUCUAAAGUGCAAAAAGUUAAAGAUAAACCACAAAGUAUUAGAAAAUCUUGGCGUUCAAAUCGUCAGCGCUUAAAUAACAGUGUUAAAAAAGAUGUAACAUUUUGUUAUUCAUGCCAGUUGUUCUGCCAAAAAAGUUUUAGCUAUGGAGGAGAGUCAUUUGUAACCCAAGAAACUUCUAAUUGGAAAAAAACGCUGGAAAAAUUCAGAAAGCAUGAAAAAAGUGAAAUGCAUUUGAAGUCCUUGCAGUUUUGGAGGAAAUACCAGUUCUGUGAUGAAACUGUCAGUGAUGAUUUAUCUAAUCAUCCAAAACAGAUUGAGGAGCAAAAAAAGUACCUAAAGCUUAUAGUUGAAAAUAUUUUAUUUCUUGGGAAGCAGUGUUUACCCUUAAGAGGAGAUGCCCAUUCUGUUUCUUCUGUGAAUAAAGGCAAUUUUUUAGAAUUGUUAGAAAUCAGAGCAAAAGAUAAAGGAGAAGAAAUGUAUCAACUCAUGAAUUCACAAGUUGACUUCUAUAAUAGUACACAAAUCCAAGCUGAUAUUUUUGAAAUAAUAAAGAUGGAAAUGUUGCAGGAUAUUGUGAAUGACAUCAAUCUCUCCUCAGCUUUUUCAAUUUUAUGUGAUGAGAUAACUAAUGCCACCAAAGAACAACUUUCAAUUUGUGUAAGAUACCCACAAAAAACAUCAAAAGCUAUCAUAAUUAAGGAAAGAUUCUUGGGUUUUGUUGAUAUUGAAGAGAAGACUGGGACCCACUUACACAGGAGUAUCAAAACUUAUCUGCAGCAAAUUGGAGUUGAUUUUAAUAAUAUUUGUGGCCAGGCCUAUGAUAGUACCACUAAUCUGAGAGUAAAAUUUAAUGAAAUUGCAGCAGAAUUCAAGAAGGAAGAGCCAAGAGCUCUAUAUGUACAUUGUUAUGCACAUUUUUUUGAUUUAGCAGUAAUUAGGUUUUGUAACGAAAUAAAAGAACUCCGAGGUGCUCUACAUACUCUCAGUUCUUUGUUCAACACUAUUUAUAUGUCUGGGGAAAUGCUAGCGAAUUUUCGAGACAUUUGUAAGCUAAGUCAAAACAAAACAUGCAGUAAACAUACAUCACAGUCAUGUUGGAUAGUCCAUGACCGUACAUUGUUAUCUGUGAUUGAGAGACUUCCAGACAUUAUUGAAACACUGGAAGUUGUGUCAAGCCAUUCCUCAAACACAAGUUUGGCUGAUGAAUUGAAUGAUUUACUAACACUAGUUUCCAAAUUUGAGUUUGUUUUUUGUUUGAAAUUUCUUUAUCGAGUGUUAAGUGUUACAGGAAUUCUUUCCAAAGAGCUUCAAAGUGAAACCAUGGACAUUUUUUCUUUGUCUUCAAAAAUAGAAGCAAUUCUGGAAUGUUUAUCAUCUGAAAGAAAUGAUGUAUAUUUCAAAACUCUCUGGGAUGGAGCAGAGGAAAUAUGUAGAAAAAUUAUCAGUAAAGAUUUUGAAGUUGAAAAGCCUUCUCUUCAAAAAAGAAGAAAAAUUCAGAAAACUAUAGAUCUUGGCAAUUCAGAGAAUGUGUUUUUUCCUACUUCAACAGAAGAACAAUAUAAAAUUAAUAUUUAUUACCAAGGAUUAGAUACUAUAUUACAAAAUUUUAAAUUAUAUUUUUCAGAGUUUGAUUAUUGUAAAAUGAAGCAAAUUUCAGAGCUGUUAUUUAAAUGGAAUGAACCAUUAAAUGAAGCAACAGCCAAACAUAUUCAAGAAUUUUAUAAGCUUGAUGCAGAUAUUAUCCCUGAACUUAGAUUUUAUCGGCAUUAUGCAAAGCUCAACUUUGUCAUAGAUUAUGCUUCCAUCAAUUUCAUUACACUUGGCUAUUUGUUUAUUCAACACGGUCUUCACAAUAAUAUUCCUUGUAUCUCAAAGCUGUUACAUAUUGCUUUGUCUUGGCCAGUUACUUCAGCAAGUAAUGAAAACUCAUUUUCUACACUGCCUCGUCUUAAAACGUAUUUAUUUCAUACCAUGGGACAAGAGAAGCUCAGUGGCCUGGCCCUAAUGGCUGUUGAGCAGGAGUUGGUAAAUAAAUUGAUGGAGCCUGAAAGACUCAGUAGAAUUAUAGAAAAGUUUAUCCGUCAAAUGUAAGAAAUACAAUACCUGCUAAUUGUGUCUUAAAAGACUUGUGUCUGCUGGAAACCUGGUUUUCCUGUUGUGGUUUUGAUUUUUUUUUUUAAUUUAUCUAUUUAUUUUUUUGGGAUGAGAUAUGUUUCCCAUACCUGGUCUGGAACUUGUGAGCUCAAGUGAUUCUCCUGCCUCAACCUGCCAAGUAGCUAGGACUAAAGCAUGACAGUGUGCUCAGCUUGGAAUCCUAAUUCUCAUCUUAAAAUAAACUCUUUUAAGAAAAACAAUUUUUUUUCCCAAAAGAAUUUGUAUUCACAUUCAAAAGACAUUGAAUAAUAUACAAUGAAAAGGUUUCCUUCCCUUUUUCAGUUCCUCCUUCCUAAAGUCUUAUCAGUUCCUUAAAUAUCUUCUUAGAGAUAUUUUCCAUAAGAGAUACAAUACAGUGUACAUUGGUCUUCAGCUUGUCCUUUCUACAUGUGAUAUUUUUGAGAUUGUCUGAUAUCAGUAAAUAGUUGAUAUUUUUUACAACUACAGAAUGUUAUAUUGUAUAAAUAUACCUUAAUACAUUGUGCAUAGGUCAUUUGUACAUAAUAAAUUACUGUAAAAUGUAAAAUUAGAAUUCCUAAGUCAGAAGGUUUGUACUUUUUUUUUUUAAUGAGAUGUGUUUCCUAGGCUGCCCUCAAACUCAUGAUCCAUCUGCUUCAACCUCACAAGUAGCUAGGAUUACAGGUGUGUGUUACUGUGACUAUUUUUUGCAUUUUAAUUUUUGACAUGUUGGAAAAUUGCUUUCUACGAGGAUUAUGCCAAUUUAUGGUCCUACCAACAAUGUACACGUGUCCCCAUUUUCCCCCAUCUGCUUGUGCGUGUGCGUGUGCGUGUGUGUGUGUGUGUGUGUGUGUGUGUGUGUUACUGUUUUGUUUUGGUUUUGAGACAGGGUCUCCCUGUGUAGUUCAGCAAUCUUCCUGCUGCAGCCUCUUGAGUGCUGGGAUUACAAGUUUGCACCACCAGGCUGGCUCCUCAAAUGUUUAUAAACAAGGUUAUCAAAUGUUUUGGUCUUUGCCAAUUUGUUAGUUGAAAAGUGGUAUUUUAAUUUCCGUGGAAUUCUCAUUUAAGAAUAAGGUUAAACAUCUGUUUAUUUGGGCCAUUUGUAUUUUCUUUUUAUGAACUGUCACAUUUAAACAUAAAAAUUAAAAGAUCGAUGUUUUGGGUUUCUGUAUUCCAACUGAAUGACACAACAAAAAUUAUUAAGCUAUUUUAUGAAAAUAUGACUUUGUAAAUAAAUAACCUCCAAAGAAAGGAC